GAAGAAGAAGACGAGGAAGAAGGCAAGAUGGCGGACCGGGUGCAGCGUAUUUUCUGAGCUCCGUCUUUUUGUCCUAAUUUUACACAUACUUUAAAAUCCACCUCAAUUCUAUGUGAUCGUAUGAAUCUCUAAUACAUCAUACCGACGCUUUAACCAUACAGUGCUCCGGAAAUUGCAGCAUGAAGACGAACAAGAAGCUCUCUUCAGCCCGCAGUAGCUCGGAGAUUUACGGUCAUGAUGAUGCUAAGAUGGAGGUCUCUACCGAGAGCUCCAAAAGAAAAGAGCCUUUCUCUCCAGCGAAGAACCCACCAGCAACUAAAAAGAAGGACACUGGGUCAGAGGAAGAUGUCCAGCAGCUGUUGGUGAGUAAAGAAGAGCUUCCACCUGAGCAGCAGGAGUGGAGCCACAUUCUGGACCAGGAGGACACUAAGCCCCAACACAUUAAAGAAGAACAUGAGGAACUGUGGAUCAGUCAGGAGGAAGAACAGCUUCAAGGACUGGAGGAGGCUGAUACCACCAAAUUCCCCUUCACUCCUGUCUCUGUGAAGAGUGAAGAUGAUGAAGAGAAACCUCAGUCCUCACAGCUUCAUCAGAGACAAACUGAACAGAUGGAAACAGGAGUUGAUGGAGAGGACUGUGGAGGAGCAGAACCAUUGAGAGACUCAGAUCCAGAGAGACGUUUACAACCAGAGACUGAGGUCGAGAUAGAAGACUCUUAUGAACCUGAGACUGAUGACAGUGAUGAUUGGCAAGAGACAAGAGAAGAUCUGUCAGAAUUAAACCUGAAAAAUAAGAAACUAAAGACUGGUAAGAGACCACACAGGUGCUCGGAGUGCGGCAAAAUAUUUAACCGAAAAGGAUCUCUGACCAGUCACAUGAUGAUUCAUACUGGAGAGAAACCCUUCAGUUGCUCUGAAUGCAGUAAAAGAUUUAACCAUAAGUCUAGUCUGACAUAUCACAUGGCAAAUCAUAGAGAAAAACCCUUCAGUUGCUCUGUUUGCAGUAAAAGGUUUACCAAAAGAGUAAAUCUGACAACACACAUUUUAGGUCAUACAGGAGAGAAACCCUUCAGUUGCUCUCACUGUGGUAAAAGGUUUAGUUCCAAGAGAAUUCUGACCAAACACAUGAUGAUUCACACUGGAGAGAAAUGCUACAGCUGCUGUGAGUGUGAGAAAAGCUUUAGCCAAAAACAGCAUCUGACCAGACACAUCUUAGUUCAUACAGGAGAGAAACCCUUCAGCUGCUCUAUUUGCAGUAAAAGAUUUAACCGAAAAGAUCUUCUGACCAGUCACAUGUUAGAUCAUACAGGAGAGAAACUCUUCAGCUGCUCUGUUUGCAGUAAAAGUUUUAACCAUAGAGUAAGCCUGACCAGACACAUGUUAGUUCACACAGGAGAGAAACCCUUCAGCUGCUCGUUUUGCAGUAAAGAUUUUACCCAAAGAGGAAAUCUGAACAAACACAUGAUGAUUCACACAGGAGAGAAACCUUUCAGCUGCUCUGAAUGUGGUAAAAGGUUCAGUUCUAAGGGACAUCUGACCAGACACAUGAUGAUUCACACAGGAGAGAAAUGCUAAUCCUGUGCAAUGGUAAAACUGAUCCAAAAGAAUCCAAGUUAACAACAUCACUAAUGUGUAUUCAUAAGUAUGUAUUGACUAACAGAUGUAUAACUGUUGUUAUGAAGGGAUAUAAGACGACUCUA